AUUUCUUCUUGUUUGUUUGUUCGAGUUUGUUGUUUUUGUUUACAAUUUUUCUAUUUUCCAUGUUUCCCAACAUUUUCCAGAUUUUCUAAAAUGCAUUUUAUAUUCAAUAACAAGUAACAGUGAAAAAUCAUGAAAAACUGAACUUUCAGAAAAACUCUAGAUUCAAAAGUAACAAACGGCCUCAAAAAUGGCCAAAAAGUCUGAACCCCAAAAAGCUUCUCCAAAGAGUUUGGACGUAUCUGAACUAAUGCGAGACAAUGACCAACCGAAUUUUUUGAAUCAAAUGCAAGAAGACUUUAAAAAGAUGAUGAUCGACAAACAAGUAUUACAAAAGUGCAUAGAAACAUUUCUGGACGAAAUUAUUGACCAGCUAACGUUGGGCAUCAUAUUUGAUUUGCACAGAAAGUUCAAGACAAAGGCGUAUUGUUUGGAAGUUAAGGAAAACGAAGAGGAAGCUGAUGCCGAGCAAAGUGAGGAGUUGCCACUGAGCCCGGUGAAAAGUAGUCCCCAAAAAUGUGUAUGUCCCAACUGCGCGCAACAAGUGGCUGCUUUAAGAUUUGCUAGGCAUUUAGCUAAAUGCAUGGGUCUCAGCAACAAUAGUAGAUCUUCGAGGAAUGCAUCAAGAAGAGCAGCGACUAAUAAAGAAAAAGGUGCAUCCUCAUCUUCAUCCUAUAGUGCUAAUUCAGAUGACGAUAACGAUGAAGACUGGAAUCCUAGAAUGAAUAGAAAGAAGGAUAAAAGUUUCUCGCCUAAGAAAAAAGGUACUCCAAAAAGGAGUUCAGAACCAGAUCUAGCAGAGGCCAUAAACACGGAUACUGGAGAAACAGAUGAGGCAAAAAAUCUCCGUCACACAAGGUCCAACAGCUCCUCACCUGAUAGUUUGUCUGGAUCUGGAAAUAUUACCCCCAAAAAAAGGGAUAAAUUUAAAAAGAUGGGUAAAGGCAAGGAGAGGAGUUCAGCUAGUACUUCAUUGAAGUUUGACUAAAAGGCUGGAUCAGAUUUUGAUCGAAUUGAACUGAUGGAAGGCAGGGUUGUUUCCUAAUAUAAUUUAGGAAUUAAAUUUAAGGUAUUUAAUGUCUAUAUUAUGCAAUAGUAGAUUAUUAGUGAGCUUUUUGCUUUAAAAUGUUAAGUCAGUAUUAUGUUUUUUAAAUUUAAGUAUAGAAUACCAAUUUUUUUUUUAUGGAGUAGAAAUCUUUUUAUAUUUUUGACUUUAUGAUUUUAUUUACUCGAAAAUGAUGCCAAAAGAAUUUAGCUUUUAUUUAUCCAAAAUAAGGCAUCUGAAAUAGACUCCACUAGUAUAAAGGGUAGAAAAAAAACACCUACUUAUUCAAAUAUGUAUUUAUUUUUAUAAUAUCGUUUAUUGAAUUUGUUGCAAUUUUGUUAUAAAAAAAACUUUAGAUUUGAUGUUAUUUUUACAAAAAAUAAAUAAAUCUGCAACUUGGUUAACAUAAAAUCUUAAAACCUAAUAAAUAUUUACACGUUUCUUACAUUAUAAAUAAAUUAUUCUGGCCCAUGAAAUUUUAAAUUUCGUCGAUUUGUUGAAAAAUCAAAAAAUAUUAUAUUUCUUUCAACAGAAAGACAAUAAUAUCAAGCCAAAUUUUUAUGUUACAGCUAAGUCUUUAAAAUAUGAUCACGUAGGUAGUUAAACAUAAUAUGAUUUAUCCAAAAAAUGGCAUAAUUUUGUAGAAAAUACGAAUCUUGUCUAAUCUUAUACUGUAUCUGUUAUUAUAAAAAAUAUAAAUGUUAUUUAAUCGAGCAUUUUUAUAAAUAAUUUGCACUCCUAAGCUACUAAAUCCAGUCACGCUUUUUUAACCACAUCCGUUGGUAUUGCAUGAUAUUUCUCAUUAGGUAACUCAAUGUAAAUUGGUCUGGUAUUUGACACAAAUCGGUUGUCUUCUAUGAUUUUUU